AUGAGUCUUACAAACAGCCGGGCCCCAACCGUCACCGAACCGGACUCGGUCAGCAGUGGCAGCACCGGCCGAGCCCCCUCGGGAGAUGCUGGGGCAGUGUCAAAGCCCUCCAACCCAACCCAGAAGCCAAAAUCGCCCAAGCCAGAGAAUGCCGUCACCAUCGCGGUGUCGUCGCAGGUGCUCUUCAACAUGGAGAAGGAGAGGCUGAUCCGUGAGCAGCAAGGCAUGGAGGAGUACAUCAAGCACCACGUGGCACAUAAGAUGGAGCCCUUCAGCCCUGGACCCGCUUUCUCAUUUGUUAAGGCUCUGGAGGCGGUGAACACCCGUCUGAGGGAGCUGUACCCAGAGAGUGAGGAGGUGUUUGAUGUCGUGCUCAUGACCAAAAACCAUGCAAACGUGGGCCUAAGACUCAUCAAAACCAUCAACCAUCACCAGUUGUUCAUUGAGCGCUUUUGUAUGACUGGUGGCAACAGUCCCAUUGGCUACUUAAAGGCCUACAACACCAACCUAUACCUGUCAUCCGACCCAGUCACGGUUCGAGAAGUCCUGGAGGAAGGUAUAGCAGCAGCCACCAUGUUCACCCCGGAGAAGAUGACGGCGGUAUCGGAGACUCAGCUGCGUGUGGCCUUUGAUGGCGAUGCCGUUCUCUUCUCUGAUGAAUCUCAGCGCGUCUACGAGGACCACGGACUUGACAAAUUCAAUGAGCACGAGACGGCACAUGAAAACAUACCACUUGACCACGGCCCGUUGAAGGGCUUCCUCGAGGCUCUAGGAAAGUUGCAGAACAAGUUCUAUGCCAAAGGUCAGCGCAUGGACUGCCCCAUUCGCACUUAUCUGGUGACGUCUCGUGGUGCAGCCAGUUCAGGUACCCGUGCCCUGAAAACUCUGCAGUCAUGGGGCCUGGAGAUGGAUGAGGCUUUGUUUCUAGCCGGGGCAAAAAAGGGCCCCAUGCUGGAGAAGAUCAGGCCCCACAUCUUUUUUGAUGAUCAGAUGUUCCAUGUGGAAGGAGCUGCGGAGCUGGGGACGGUAGCGUGUCAUGUGCCCAAUGUGGUAUCUUAG